AUGGCGGGUGGCAACCAGACCCCCCGGGGGGCGGGGUUUUUGUUUUUGGGGUUUUCUGGCAUCCCCAACGGCCGGCCCGUCCUCUUCCUGCUGUUCCUGGCCAUCUACCUCAUCACCUUGCUGGGCAACUCUCUGAUACUCGUUUUGAUCCAGCUGGAUUCGCGCCUCCACAGUCCCAUGUACUAUUUCCUCAGCCAUUUGUCCUGCUUGGACAUUUGCUAUUCCUCGGUCACCCUCCCCACCAUCCUGGUGAACUUCUUGCGCCAGCAGCCCAUCAUUUCCUAUAACGAGUGCAUGGCCCAGAUGUUCUUUCUGAUGACGUUUGCAGGAACUGAGUGCGCACUGCUGGCUGUCAUGGCCUAUGACCGCUACGCUGCCAUUUGUGAACCUUUGCACUAUUCGCAGCUCAUGAGUAGCAGGGUGCGAGUCCCUCUGGCUACUGCUUCAUGGAUCUGGGGCCUUCUCAACUCAACCAUUCACACAGCGCUGGCAACUGAUUUGGCCUUCUGUGGAACCAACGAGAUCCAUCACAUCUUCUGCGAUGUCCCCCCACUCUUGAAAAUUUCUUGCAGUGACACGUAUGUUAAUGAGAUGGCUCUUCACAUAGCAACUAUCACUGUGGGUCUGAGCCCUUUCCUCCUUGUUGUCAUUUCAUAUAUGUACAUCUUAUCUACUAUUCUGCAAAUCCAUUCUAACACCGGAAGAAGAAAGACCUUCUCCACAUGUGCUGCUCAUUUAACUGCAGUCAUUGUCUACUUUGGGAUGGCCAACGUGAACUACAACCGGCCCAGUGCAGGCUACUCUUUGGGAGUGGACACCCUGGUCUCCACCCUGUAUUGUAUCAUCACCCCCAUGCUGAACCCCCUAAUCUACAGUCUCCGAAACAAGGAGGUCAAAGGGGCCCUACAAAAACUUCUCAGCACUCAGCAGAAGGAAAGUGCAUCUCCUGGAAGGCAGUGA